AUGGCCAACUUACCACCAGUCGUACUCAUCAUCGGCGGGACCGGCGCUCAGGGACGGCCAGUCGUUGAAGCAUUGACUGCCGAUGGCAAAUAUGCUGCAAAGGUCCUGUCCAGAGAUACUUCUUCCGAUGAUGCGAAGAAAAUCGCGGACCUAAGGAAAGCUUUCGAAGGCGUCGACUACCACUUUGCCAACACCAACGGGUUCGCCAUUGGCGAGAAAGCAGAGAUUUACUGGGGCACCCGACUGUACGAGCUUGCGCGGGCGUUUGGUGUCAAGCACUUUGUUUAUGCAGGCCUCGAGUAUGCCUCGAAGCUAGGGAACUUUGAUCCUAAGUAUCGGACCGGCCAUCUGGAUGGCAAAGGUAAGGUAGUCGACUAUAUCUCUGCUCAGCCGACGAAACCUAUGGCCUGGUCCGUUCUGACCUCUUGCCUGUACAUGGAGGGCUUGUCUGAAGUCUUGAGACCACUCCCCGACCCCAAGGACCCCGCGACGAUGGUCUUCGCUGUGCCGCUUGGAGAUUCACGCUGUCCAUUGAUUUACCUGAGGGACUAUGGUCGAUAUGCGCGCUGGCUGUUUGACAAUCCCGAUCGGAGCAACGGCCUGGAACUGCACGUCGCCACAGAAGACAUCGCAUGGAAAGACGUGGCUGCCGCAUAUACUGCGGUGACUGGCAAGCCCGCAGUCUACAAAGACGUUACACUUGACGAGUACUUCAAGUUGGGUAUCUUCCCAGAGCCGGAUCGGAAGAUCGGGCAGGCCGCAGCUGGUGAGGAUUCGACGCUGUUCACCUUUCGUGAGAACUUCUCGGGAUUUUGGAACACUUGGAAAGCUGAGCUGACCAAGCGCGACUACAAUCUGUUGGACGAGAUCUUGCCCAGCAGAGUCAAGAGCGUGAAAGAGUGGAUGGAGUUGACAGGAUACGAUGGGAAGCCAAGAUCUGUACUGAAGGAUUAUAGGGACGGAGCUAGUGGUAGUAAGGCCUCGGCAGCAUGA